AUGACCUCAAUCCACCGCAACAUCAUCCUAUCCUCCUCCGCAACCCGCAGCCAUGCUACGCCCACGCCUUCGUCCCCCCCGUCUCCCAAACGCCUGCCUCCUCACAAGCGCAACCCGUCGAAACCCCUUCCCAGCCUCCCGCCGCGGCCCAAGCCGCCACCCGACUCGGACAUUGAAGAAUUCUUCGUCAAAGGCAGCGGGCCCGGCGGCCAGAAGAUUAAUAAAACCAGCUCCGCCGUCCAGCUCAAGCACAUACCCACCGGCAUCGUCGUCAAGUCUCAGGCCACCCGCUCCCGCAGCCAGAACCGCAAGCACGCCCGUCAACUGCUCGCGCAAAGACUCGACCAUCUGCUCAAUGGCAACCAGAGUCGCGCCGCCGCCGUCGGACACGUCAAGAAGAAGCGAGCCGACAGCGCCGCCAAGAAGAGUCGCCGAAAAUACAAGAAGCUCGACGAGGACAAAGCUUCGGCUGCCGGCGCAGAGCAGGAGCCCAGCCACGAGAACGACCGAGAAGAUAUCCCGGAGCAGCAGGACAAUGCCACUAUUCCAGCCGGCCAAGCAGACCGUAGAAAUAAACUCCAAAAGCCUUGA